GACUGCUGGGCUCCUCCUGCUUUUGAAAAUUCACCGGUCACUCACAGCAGAAAUUUUUCUCACUCUCGUCUGCCUUGACUGUUUUCCCAAACAUGAAGGCAAUAAGUUUAUUCAUCUUGGUGGGAUUUAUAGAGGACUUCCCAGUUCUUUCAAGUGCCUCUUCUCCAGUCAAUUGCCAGUGGGAUUCCUAUGGUCCGUGGUCAGAAUGCAAUGGUUGUACUAAGUCUCAGAUUCGCAGGAGGUCGAUUGCUGUAUAUGGGCAGUAUGGAGGCCAGCCUUGCUCUGGCAGUCCUUUUCAAACACAAUCGUGUGAACCUACACGAGGAUGUCCACUAGAAGAGGGAUGUGGAGAGCGUUUCAGGUGUUUUUCAGGUCAGUGCAUCAGCAAAUCUUUGGUUUGCAAUGGAGAUUCUGACUGUGAAGAAGAUAGUGCUGAUGAAGACAAAUGUGAGGACUCGAAUAUGAGACUUUCCUGUGACCUUGAUAAACCUCCUCCCAACAUAGAACUUACUGGAAAUGGUUACAAUGCACUCACUGGCCAGUUUAGAAACAGAGUCAUCAACACAAAAAGUUAUGGUGGUCAAUGCAGAAAGGUGUUUAGUGGGGACGGACAAGAACCUUUCAGACUGAGUGGAAAUAUCCUCUCCUAUACAUUUCAGGUGAAAAUAAAUAAUGAUUUUAAUUAUGAAUAUUACAACAGUAGCUGGUCUUAUGCAAAACAUACAUUAGCAGAAUAUUCAUCAUCUAGUAGGACAAAAUUCUAUUUUGGAUCUAGAGCUUCUUCGUCUUCAUCUCAUCGUAAUUCAAAUUAUGAUAAAAACCAGAAGGAAAAGAGUUAUCAGUUGUUGGUUAUUCAGAACAGUGUGGAAGUGGCUCAGUUUAUCAAUAACAAUCCAGAAUUUUUACAACUCGCUGAGCCAUUUUGGAAGGAACUCUCUCACCUUCCUUCUCUGUAUGACUACAGUGCCUACCGAAAAUUGAUUGAUGAAUACGGGACACAUUUUCUGCGGUCUGGAUCUUUAGGAGGAGAAUACAAAGUUCUGUUUUAUGUGGACACAGAAAAAAUGAAACAAAACGGUGUUGAUUCAAUGACUAUGAAUAAAUGUACUGCAUCAAAUUCCAAUUUUUUGUUUAAAUACUCAAAGAGCAGAUGCAAGGAGAUGGAAGAUGCCUUAAAAUGGGCUUCAGGAACGCAGGGCAAUGUUUUGCGAGGGGACCCAUUUGUCAGAGGGGGACGUCCAGGCUUCACAUCUAGUCUUAGUUUCCUGGAGCUGGACAAUCCCGCUGGAAACCAAAAACGAUAUUCUUCCUGGGCAGGGUCUGUGACUGAUCUUCCCCAAGUUAUAAAACAAAAGCUGACACCUUUGUAUGAGCUGGUAAAGGAAGUACCCUGUGCCUCUGUGAAAAGACUAUACCUGAAACGGGCUCUUGAGGAAUAUCUGGAUGAAUCUGACCCCUGCCAUUGUCAGCCUUGUCAAAAUGGUGGCAUUGCCUCUGUUGAAGGGACCAAGUGUCAGUGCCAUUGCAAACCAUAUACAUUUGGUGUGGCAUGUGAGCAAGGAGUCCUCGCAGAGGAUAAAGCAGGAGGGAUAGAUGGAGGUUGGAAUUGCUGGUCCUCUUGGGGCCCCUGUGUUCAAGGGAAGAAAACAAGGACUCGAAAAUGCAAUAACCCAUCUCCCAGUGGGGGCGGGAAAUCCUGUAUUGGAGAAGCCUCGGAAAGCAGGCAGUGCGGAGACGAAGACGAGGAGCUGAAACAUCUUCGAUUGCUUGAACCACAUUGUUUUUCUUUGUCUUUGGUUCCAACGGAAUUCUGUCCAUCACCUCCUGAUUUGGAACAUGGAUUUGUUCAAGGUGAAGGUGCCAUGUUUCCUGUUGGGAAAAACAUAGUAUAUUCUUGCAAGGAAGGAUACUCUCUUAUUGGAGACCCUGUUGCCAGAUGUGGAGAGGAUUUACAGUGGCUUGUUGGGGAAAUGCAUUGUCAGAAAAUUGCCUGUGUUCUACCUGUACUGAUAGAAGGCAUACAGAGUCAUCCCCACAAACCUUUCUACACAGUUGGCGAGAAGGUGACCUUUUCCUGUUCAGGUGGCAUGUCCUUAGAAGGUCCUUCAACAUUUCUCUGUGGAUCCAGCCUUAAGUGGAGUCCUGAGGUGAAGAAUGUCCGGUGUGUGCAAAAAGAUACCAUUUUGACACAGGCAGUGCCUAAAUGUCAGCACUGGGAGAAACUGCAGAAUUCCAGAUGUGUUUGUAAAUUACCCUACGAAUGUGGAUCCUCCUUGGAUGUAUGUGCUCGGGAUGAGAGAAGCAAAAGGAUCCUGCCUCUGACAGUUUGCAAGAUGCAUGUUCUCCACUGUCAGGGUAGAAAUUACACUCUUCUGGGAAGGGAGAGCUGCACUCUACCUGCCUCCGUGGACAAAGCUUGUGGCAUGUGUCCGCUGUGGGGAAAAUGUGAUGCUCAGAGCAGCAAAUGUAUCUGCAGAGAAGCAUCCGAGUGCGAGGAAGAAGGGAUUAGCAUCUGUGUGGAAGUGAACGGCAAGGAGCAGACAAUGACGGAGUGUGAGGCUGGCACGCUGAGGUGCCGAGGGCAGAGCAUCUCCAUCACCAGCAUAGGGCCCUGUGAGGCGGAAGUCCAGUAGGCUCCCGGGUGCCCAUAGGAUUGCGAGAAUCCAGCAGCGUGCCAUGGAUGAGUUAAAACACCCACAUAACUGAGCACUUCAGACAACUUCUCGAGCAUGGAGGAAUAUUCUCCCUCUUUCCUUCCCAGUGUCCACUUCUCCCCUUAACUUCCAGCCACUCGCAUAAACACAACCCUUUGUUCUGCCAAACCAGAAUCCAGAUACUCUUUUUCUUCUUCUUUUUUUUAAUGUCAGUCAAGAUGAAGAAUAUUCAUGAACCUCUGCAUGAGCUAACUGUGUUCUUGGAAAAAAUGCUAACUUCUCUGGAUCUUGACUUUUUAAUCGAAAAAUUAGAGGAUUAGACUACAGCAACUCGAAUGCUCCAUUCAGCCUUAUGAACCUUUUAAGUAUCACUGACCCUGCCCAUGAGCCAGAACACACUUAGAAAGAUUGGCUUCCUUCAGUAAAACAAUACAAAGGGGACUGUGAAUGGAAAAAGACAGAUACAAUUAUUCCAUCACAACUAAUAAUCUCACAUAUCACCUCAUUGACUCAAGCAUCUCAUGUAGGAAUUCCUAAUCUCAGCAGGAGAUUGAACCACUGAAUUGUUAGAUCCAAAUUCAUCAUGCUCUAGUCACGGGCAUCUUCUGCCUUCUUGUCUAAGAACAAAUACAAGGCAGUCUUCCAUUUGGGGCUUUUUUUUUAAGUACAUGUCCAACACAAGACAUGCAAUUUGCUCCUCCUCCUUCCCCAUCCCUUUCCUUUUGCAGGAAGCAUCAGUAUGUGCCUGAGCUAUUGAGUGAUUCAAUAUUUGUAAGGAUGGUUUUCUCUUAAUGCGGAUGGAUACAUGCCUAGAUUUUUCGGGGAGCUAUAGAGGUAGAUCGAAUUGAAGCAUUGACAUUCUGUUUAUUCCUUAUUCAUUCUUUGUCAAAACAAAAAGACAGCUGUAGGAGAUGAAAUGA